CAGAAAGUGAUCUCUACGACCCUUUUCCUCUAUUUCGCCUGCAUCCUCCCUGCCAUCGCUUUCGGAGUCCUCAACGACCACAACACUCACGGCUUAAUCGACGUGAAGCGCAUGAUAAUAGGGCAAACGAUCGGAGGGCUGAUAUACGUGGUUCUAAGCGGGCAACCUCUCAUGAUCCUCCUCACGACGGCGCCCCUUGCCAUCUACAUAAAGAUCAUAUACAACAUCUGCGAGGACUUCCAACUCGAUUUCUUUGCAAUGUACUGCUGUGUGGGUCUGUGGAACGCAUUUUUCCUCAUAUGCUACUCCCUUUUCGGAGUGAGUCGUCUGAUGAGGUGGAGCACGAGAUCCACCGAGGAGAUCUUCGCACUCUUCAUCUCCGUCGCCUUCUGUGUCGACGCCACACAAGACGUCAUCAAAGAUUUUGCCAACAACUACUAUUCCCCGGGGUGUAUGGCGACCGGACUGGAGGUAUUGAGGAACGAGAGUGAGCCGUUGAUCGUUCCCUAUUCGCCGAGGAACUUCUCACCAGAUGCCUUCGAUUAUUCGAGUGUCAACUCCUCUCCCGCACACCCAGAGCAGUCCUUCGAGGGGUGUCGACGAGAGAGCUCCAUUCUUUUCCUCUUCCUUAUGCUUGGGACCCUCUGGUUAGGUGUCUCCCUUUACAACUUUAAUAAAACGCCGUACCUUCAAGCGAGCAAACGAGAGGCGCUCGCUGAUUAUGCCUUACCCGUUGCUGUGUUGGUGCUCAGCUUUGUUGGAUCUUUCUUGUUCAAGGAUGUCCAUUUGGAACAUUUCAAAUACGACAACACGAGAGUGUUCAACCUGGCGGCGUUGGACAAGCUGUCGGUGGCGGCCAUCUUCGCAUGCAUGGGGCUCGGCUUCUCUCUUUCCUUACUCUUCUUCAUGGAUCAGAACAUCACAUCCGCCAUGGUCAAUAACCCCUGCAAUAAAUUGAAGAAGGGACCAGCGUACCACUUGGACUUGUUCGUCGUGGCCGUGUUGAAUGCAUUCUUGUCCCUAUUUGGGCUUCCCUGGAUGCAUGCCACCAUCCCCCAUUCUCCUCUUCAUGUCAGGAGCCUGGCCGACGUCGAGGAACGCGUCGACCAGGGACACGUCUACGAAAUCAUCGUGACGGUGCGGGAGACGCGGUUGACGGGGAUGUUCUCUCACAUCCUCAUCGGGCUUUCCAUUCUCAUGCUUCCCCUACCGUUGGCCUACAUCCCGACGGCCGUCCUCGACGGGCUCUUCCUUUACAUGGCCGUCACUGCUCUCAACGGGAAUCAGAUGUUCGAGAGGAUUACACUUCUCUUCAUGGAACAGGCGGCGUAUCCUCCGAAUCAUUACAUCCGAAGAGUUCCACAGAGGAAGAUUCAUCAGUUCACGGCGUGUCAGGUGCUUCAACUAUUGUUCAUGUGCGCCGUCGGCUUCUCACCAUGGCCAUACAUCAAAAUGGUCUUCCCCAUCCUCCUCCUCGUUCUCAUGCCCUUC